UUGGCCGCCGCCGCCGCCGCGGGCCCCGUGAGGAGGAGCCGCCGCCGGGAGCGCGGGCCCGGCACCGCCGCGCCGCCAUGGGCAACCGGGGCAUGGAGGAGCUCAUCCCGCUGGUCAACAAGCUGCAAGACGCCUUCAGCUCCAUCGGGCAGAGCUGCCACCUCGACCUGCCGCAGAUCGCCGUGGUGGGCGGGCAGAGCGCCGGCAAGAGCUCGGUGCUCGAGAACUUCGUGGGCCGGGAUUUCCUUCCCCGUGGCUCUGGGAUCGUCACUCGCCGGCCUCUCAUCCUGCAGCUCAUCUUCUCCAAGACGGAAUAUGCCGAGUUCCUGCACUGCAAGUCCAAGAAGUUCACGGAUUUCGACGAGGUCCGGCAGGAGAUCGAGGCGGAGACCGACCGGGUGACGGGCACCAACAAGGGCAUCUCCCCCGUGCCCAUCAACCUGCGCGUGUACUCCCCGCACGUGCUGAACCUGACCCUGAUCGACCUGCCGGGGAUCACCAAGGUGCCGGUGGGGGAUCAGCCGCAGGACAUCGAGUUCCAGAUCCGGGACAUGAUCCUGCAGUUCAUCAGCAGGGAGAGCAGCCUCAUCCUGGCCGUCACGCCGGCCAACAUGGACCUGGCCAACUCGGACGCGCUCAAGAUGGCCAAGGAGGUGGAUCCGCAGGGCCUCAGGACCAUCGGGGUCAUCACCAAGCUGGACCUGAUGGACGAAGGCACCGACGCCCGCGACGUGCUGGAGAACAAACUGCUGCCCCUGCGGAGAGGCUACAUCGGGGUGGUGAACCGCAGCCAGAAGGACAUCGAUGGCAAGAAGGACAUCCGCGCCGCGCUGGCGGCCGAGCGCAAGUUCUUCCUGUCCCACCCGGCCUACCGGCACAUGGCCGAGCGCAUGGGCACGCCGCACCUGCAGAGGGUGCUCAACCAGCAACUGACCAACCACAUCCGGGAGACGCUGCCCUCGCUGCGGAGCAAGCUGCAGAGCCAGCUGCUCUCCCUGGAGAAGGAGGUGGAGGAGUACAAGAACUUCCGUCCCGACGACCCCGCCAGGAAAACCAAAGCCCUGCUGCAGAUGGUGCAGCAGUUCGGGGUGGACUUUGAGAAGAGGAUUGAGGGCUCGGGGGACCAGGUGGACACUCUGGAGCUCUCCGGGGGCGCCAGGAUCAACCGGAUUUUCCACGAGAGAUUCCCCUUUGAGCUGGUGAAGAUGGAAUUCGACGAGAAGGAUUUGAGGCGGGAGAUCAGCUACGCCAUCAAGAACAUCCACGGGGUGAGGACGGGGCUGUUCACUCCAGACCUGGCCUUCGAGGCCAUCGUCAAGAAGCAGGUGGUGAAGCUGAAGGAGCCGUGCCUGAAAUGUGUGGAUCUGGUGAUCCAGGAGCUCAUCAACACCGUGCGCCAGUGCACCAGUAAGCUGGGCUCCUACCCCCGGCUGCGGGAGGAGACCGAGCGCAUCGUCACCACCCACAUCCGGGAGCGGGAGGGCAAAACCAAGGACCAGAUCCUGCUGCUCAUCGACAUCGAGCUCUCCUACAUCAACACCAACCACGAGGAUUUCAUCGGCUUCGCCAACGCCCAGCAGCGGAACACGCAGACCAACAAGAAGAGAGCGAUCCCAAACCAGGGGGAGAUCCUGGUGAUCCGCCGGGGCUGGCUCACCAUCAACAACAUCAGCAUCAUGAAGGGCGGCUCCAAGGAGUACUGGUUCGUGCUCACCGCCGAGUCGCUCUCCUGGUACAAGGACGAGGAGGAGAAGGAGAAGAAGUACAUGCUGCCUUUGGAUAACCUGAAAAUCAGGGAUGUGGAGAAGGGCUUCAUGUCCACCAAGCACAUCUUCGCCAUCUUCAACACGGAGCAGAGGAACGUCUACAAGGACCUGCGGCAGAUCGAGCUGGCCUGCGACUCGCAGGAGGACGUGGACAGCUGGAAAGCCUCCUUCCUGCGGGCAGGGGUCUAUCCUGAGAAGGACCAGGUGAGCUCUAGAGCCUCCUUCCUGCGGGCUGGGGUCUAUCCUGAGAAGGACCAGGUGAGCUCUAGAGCCUCCUUCCUGCGGGCUGGGGUCUAUCCUGAGAAGGACCAGACGGAGAGCGAGGACGGCGCCCAGGAGAACACCUUCUCCAUGGACCCGCAGCUGGAGAGGCAGGUGGAGACCAUCCGGAACCUGGUGGAUUCCUACGUGGGCAUCAUCAACAAAUCCAUCCGGGACCUCAUGCCAAAGACCAUCAUGCACCUCAUGAUCAACAAUACCAAGGAUUUCAUCCACUCGGAGCUGCUGGCCUUCCUGUACUCGUCCUCGGACCAGGGCAGCCUGAUGGAGGAGUCGGCGGAGCAGGCGCAGCGGCGCGACGAGAUGCUGCGCAUGUACCACGCGCUCAAGGAGGCGCUGGCCAUCAUCGGCGACAUCAGCACCAGCACCGUCAGCACGCCCGUGCCCCCGCCCGUGGACGACACCUGGCUGCAGCCCAGCGCCGGCCACAGCCCGCCCCCGCAGCGCCGGCCGCCCUCGGCCCUGCUGCCCCCGGGCCGCCCCCCGUCCCUGCGAGCCCCGGCCCCGGGGCCGCCGCUGCUGCCGCUGCCCGGGGGGGCCCCGCCCGGGCCGGCCCCGCCCGCCUUCGCCGCGCCCCCCAUCCCGUCCCGCCUCGGCCCCUUCGCCGCCGCCAGCGACCCCUUCACGGCCCCGCCCCAGAUCCCCGCCCGGCCCGCGCGGAUCCCGCCCGGGAUCCCGCCCGGAGUGCCCAGGAGGCCCCCGGCGGCCCCGAGCCGCCCGACCAUCAUCCGCCCUGCCGAGCCCUCCCUGCUGGAUUAGCCCCGGGAUCCGCCGGAUCCGCGGGAUCCACCCCCGCGCCACCGCCCUGGAACGGGGAGAAACGGGGAGAAACGGGGAAAAACCGACCCAGAGCCAGCCCCCAGCUCCCGGGGCUGAUCCGGGAUCCCAUCCUGGGCUGAUCCCAGAUCCUGGGGCUGAUCCCAGAUCCUGGGGCUGAUCCUGGGCUGAUCCCAGAUCCUGGGGCUGAUCCCUGAUCCUGGAUCCCAUCCUGGGGCUGAUCCCAUGUGUUGGAGCUCAUCCUGGGGCUGAUCCCAGAUCCUGGGGCUGAUCCUGGAUCCCAAAUCCUGGGGUGAUCCCAAAUCCUGGGGUGAUCCUGGGGCUGAUCCCAGAUCCUGGGGCUGAUCCCGGGCCGAUCCCCGAUCCCCGAUCCCAUCCCGGCGGGGGCAGCUCCCGGGCAGGUCCCAGCAGCUGAUCCUGGCAGCUCCGGGGCCCUCCCGGUGCCCCUCCCCCCCCCCCGGUGCUCCCGGUGCCCCCCGGGACGGAUUUUGGGGUGGGGGCAGGGCGGGGGGGGAACUUUGCACUUUGUCAGAAUUCCCGAGGGGGGAGGGCCCGGCCCUUCCUCCCCCCCCCCCCCCCUCCUCCUCCUCCCCCUCCUCCUCCCGGGGGUUUGGGGUUUUUCUUUUUGGUUUUGGGGUUUUUUUUAAGAAUUGGGGUUUUUGAGCACUGGAAUUCCCAGAGGGGUUCAGCAGCGAUCCCAAUUCCCCGAGAACCUCAGGAAUUUCAUCCCGGGAAUGACCCGGGAGGGGAGGAGGAGGAGGAGGAGGAGGAGGGAGAGGGGAGGAAGCUGCGGCCCCCCCCGGGGUGGGGGAGGGGGCUUUGCUCUGGAAGCUUCUCCCCCUCCCCCCCGCCCUGUUCCCGAUCCCGCUCCACCGGGAGCCGAGGUUGUAAAUAUUUUUACAGACUUGUAUUAAUUGUAUAAAAAAAAAAACCCAUUAAAAAAAAAAAAAAAAGAGGGAAAAAGGAAAAAAAAAAAGAAAAAAAAAUCACAAAAAACAAACCAGGAAAAAAAAAAAGAAAAAAGAAGAAAAAAAAAAGAAACAAAUGGCGGCCCAGCAAUAAUGUGGAUUUUUCCAACCCCCCCCGGCCCCGGUGCCUUAACGACCCCCCGGCUCGGGGGGGCCAAUUAAUCCAUUAACGAGCCGGGGGCGGUUUUGGGGGGGCGGCUCCGGCCCCCCCCGGGGGUCCCCCCGAAGUGCCUCCGCUCCGCGUCCCAUUAAUGAACUAAAAACCGGCAAAAAAAUCCGAAUAAAGGGAAAAAAAAAUCCAAA